AUGGGUGGCAUUUUAAACCGAAAAACCGAAAAACAGCAAAAAACCAACCGAGAACUCGUGCUUGUUGAGGGCAUCUUGGAUGAGUUGCUUGAGCUCCUCAAAAGCCUUCUUCUGCGGCUCGGGAAUCUCACCAACAACAUAACUCUCUCCCCACCCCCGUUUGGUUUUUGCGGUUUUGCCGACACCGUCCGCAUUUCUCGGUCAACCGCAUUUUCUCGGACGGAUGCGGUAUCAAAUAUGUCAAUACCGCAAAAUCACGUGACUGGAGUGGAUAUAUUCUCCUUUGGCAAUGUUAAAGCUGAAUAUCUCAGUGCGAGUGAAGCUACUACUCAAGCCAUAUGGUUACGUUUUGUGCUAGAGGACUUUGGAGAAUUGCAGACAGAAGCAACUCCACUGAUGGUAGAAAUCCCGUGUUUCAUCAAAAGACAAAACACAUCAAUUGUAGGUAUCAUUUCAUUCGUGAAGCUUUGCAAGAAGGAGUUAAUAGAUUUGAGAUAUUGCAAGUUUGAGGAGCAGGCGUGCCCUGGCCAUCAAAAAACAACCCCUCCUGUUCCUCCUCUGAGCCCCUCCCACGGCGGCACAGGCGGUACAGGUGGCACAAGCGGCACAGGCGGCGGCUCCGUCUUCAACAUUAUUGGGAAUGCAUUUAAUGCUAUCAAUUCCAACAGAGCAGGAAUUUUGGAUUCUAUGAAGGAGGCCUUCAACGAAGGCGCCAACUCCACAGUUUUAGUGGCAAAACUAGACGUCUGCCAACAGGCCCGAGUUUUGUAUUUGUACGCACCGUUGGUGGUGUAA